AUGGAGCCACAGGUGGAUCCUGAGUUAACCGCUGCCAUCGAGGCCUCUCGCCAAGAAAUGUAUCACCAGCAGAACAGGCAUCCCACAUCUCAAGCGUCCCAGGAUAAUUUUGUGGAUCUCACCAAUGACUCAGGUGAUGACUCGGACAUUGAGGAGGUAUUCCCCAAAUCAAAGUCUGUCGUUAGUUCCGAGACCGAAGAUGGCGACGAGCACGAGCAGCUGCAACGCGCCCUUGCUAUGUCGAUGGAGCAGGAUGCACAGUCUCCCAAACAUGCUACUGCCCCGCAUGAGGUCUCUGCAGCGUCGACAGGUUCAAUUUUGGGCAUGAACCGAAAGCAGAUGGAGGAGGAGCGUCUUGCACGUCUGGCCAAGCGCAAGGCCGACAAAUCUGAUACUACGUCUAAACGAAAGGCCGAUGACACUUCGUCUAAGCGCAAGGCCGACGAUACUUCGUCCACUCCACCGUCUCCAGUCAGCCGGAAGCUUCCUAGGACUGAGCCUUUGCCAGCCCGUCACUCUUUCGCUCUAGCCAACCCGUUUCAAGAUGCUCCCCAAGCGAGCACGGCUCGAGUGAGGUCUCAAGUCUGUCGCCAGCUUGCAUCAAAUGCCCCGAAUGUUGACAUCCAACCGACCUCCCGCUCAGUGGCCCAAUGGCCUCUUGGAGCUGUCAAAAAAACACAUAUCGCCGGCUUUCCUCGCAGUGGAAAUGACAUUACAAUUGAAGAAGUCAUCCAGCGAGGAGACUUGGAGUUGGGCGUAUUUAGCUCAUUUAUGUGGGACGUGCCGUGGCUUUUUUCCAAGUUUAACAACUUAACCACACGAGUCAUAUUUGUCAUGCAAGCAAAUGACGAAGAAACGCGAGAGCAAUACCGCCAGGACCUUAGCCACAUGCCCAAUAUUCGCCUCUGUUUCCCUCCAAUGGAGCCACAGGUAUUCUGUAUGCAUUCUAAACUGCUUUUGAUGUUUCACCCUGGAUAUCUUCGCAUCGCAGUCCCCUCCGCCAAUCUCACUCCCACUGACUGGGGAGAGGAUAGGCUGAUGGAAAACACUGUGUUCCUUAUUGAUCUGCCUAAGCUCGAAGUUCCUGAUGCCGGAAAGACCCCGUUUUACAAAGAACUAGUCUACUUCCUCCAGGCCGAGGAGCUCCACCGCAACAUCAUCAAGAGGCUAGAUGAGUUUGACUUCAGCGAGACGAAGCGCUACGCCUUUGUUCAUGCAGUUGGUGGAACAAGCACCGAAGACAACUGGAAACGUACUGGAGUUAGCGGCUUGGGUCGUGCUGUCAAAGCUCUCGGCUUAGAGACAAACGCGCCCAUUAACGUUGACUAUAUCGCCUCAUCGCUGGGAAAUAUCAACACUCCAUUCCUGCGCUCCAUCUACCUCGCUUGCAAAGGUGACAACGCUCUACUAGACUACGAGCUCCGAACCGCCGCAAACAAGAAAAAGGAACCCCGCACAGAAGUGGAAGCCAUUAACCGAGAAUGUCUCGAUCACUUCCGUAUCUACUUCCCAUCAGACCAGACCGUUCGAAACGUGCACAGCAAUCCCAAAUACUCCAUUGGCACGAUAUGCCUCAAUCCUGUCUGGUGGUCGAGUGCCAAUUUCCCGCGGGACAAGGUUCGAGACUGUGUGAGCGAGCGCGGAGUCUUGAUGCAUAACAAGAUUGCCUUCGUCCACCCUUCCACCCCGAUCGAUAUGCCCGAUAACAAGGAGUGCCGGGGGUGGGCUUAUGUGGGGAGUGCGAAUUUGUCAGAGAGUGCAUGGGGUCGUAUCGUCAAGGAUAUCAAGACGAAACAGCUGAAGAUAAGCUGUCGCAACUGGGAAUGCGGUGUUAUCGUGCCCAUCAUCAAUGAGAAGAAGACCGAGGAGAAAGAUAAGGGACCGGAAACGCAUGGAACCGCCCCUUCGGCUUCUCUCCCAGUCGAGAUCUUUACGGAUACCGUUCCAGUUCCGAUUAAAGUGCCCGCUGUUCCAUUGUCCGAGCACAGGAAGCCUUUCAUCUUUGGAGUUUGA